UUUAAGGAUUGACUCAGUCUUGCAGCGAGGCUCGGAGCAGCCCAGGGUCGCAGGUAGAGGUCACACAUGUUGAACCAUGGGAGAAAGGAAGCAGGAAAACAGCAGGCCAAACAGGGAUGUGCGGAGGGGUUCGAGGUGUUGGAACAGGAGGAAUUGUUUCUACAGCUUUUUGCUUGCUAUACAAAUUAUUUACUCUGAAGUUAACUCGCAAGCAAGUGAUGGGUCUCAUAACACACACAGACUCUCCAUAUAUUAGAGCCCUUGGAUUUAUGUAUAUAAGGUACACACAGCCCCCUACAGAUCUGUGGGAUUGGUUUGAAUCCUUCCUUGAUGAUGAAGAGGACCUAGAUGUGAAAGCUGGUGGAGGCUGUGUAAUGACCAUUGGAGAAAUGCUCCGGUCUUUUCUCACAAAACUGGAGUGGUUUUCUACCCUGUUCCCAAGAAUUCCUGUUCCAGUUCAGAAGAAUAUUGAUCAGCAGAUUAAAACCCGGCCUAGAAAAAUCAAGAAAGAUGGGAAGGAAGGUGCUGAGGAAAUAGACAGACAUGUUGAACGUAGACGUUCAAGGUCUCCCAGGAGAUCACUGAGUCCACGAAGGUCCCCAAGAAGAUCAAGAAGUAGAAGCCAUCAUCGGGAGGGCCAUGGGUCUUCUAGUUUUGACCGAGAAUUAGAAAGAGAGAAAGAACGCCAGCGACUAGAGCGUGAAGCCAAAGAAAGGGAGAAAGAAAGGCGAAGAUCUCGAAGUAUUGAUCGGGGCUUGGAACGGAGGCGUAGCAGGAGUAGAGAAAGGCGUAGAAGUCGUAGUCGAAGUCGUGAUAGGAAGGGAGAUAGAAGGGACAGGGAUCGGGAAAGAGAGAAAGAAAAUGAAAGAGGUAGAAGACGAGACCGAGACUAUGACAAGGAAAGAGGUAAUGACCGAGAAAAGGAGAGAGAACGGUCUAAGGAACGGCGAAGUAGGGGUGAGGUAGAAGACAAGAAACAUAAAGAAGACAAAGAUGAUAAGCGGCACAGAGAUGACAAAAAAGAUUCCAAGAAAGAGAAAAGGCACAGCAGAAGUAGAAGCAGAGAAAGGAAGCACAGAAGCAGAAGCAGAAGCAGAAAUGCAGGGAAAAGAAGUAGAAGUAGGAGCAAAGAAAAACCAAGUAAACAUAAAAAUGACAGUAAAGAAAAACCAAACAAGCGAAGUCGAAGUGGCAGUCAAGGAAGAACUGACAGUGUUGAGAAAGCAAGAAAACGGGAACACAGCCCCAGCAAAGAAAAAUCUAGAAAGCGUAGCAGAAGCAAAGACCGUUCCCACAAACGAGAUCACAGUGAUAGUAAGGACCAGUCUGACAAACAUGAUCGCCGAAGGAGCCCAAGUAUAGAACCAGAGAGCCAAGAAAAACAGCAUAAAAACAAAGAUGAGACUCCAUGAAAGUUUUUUUGUAAAAGUGGAUCACAUUGAAUCCUAUAAAUGUUUGAUUAAAUCUGCUUUUUUCCCCCUUCCUGAGUUGAGAUUGUGCAGUAGCUAAUGCACUCUUCAAGCUCCCUGUAGGCUGCAUUUUCAUUUCCUCUUCUGUGUAGGGAAGUGCCUUUGUAAUCCCAUUUAUUGCGUUGAUGUUUUCACCCAGUUGUUGAGUUUGAUACAUGAUGCACAGAUUGUUCUUGCAUUUUUAUUGUUUGUUUUUGAGAUGUACAGUCUGUACAUAUGUCCUGAAAAUGUUUUAAUUCCUUUGGCAUGGUUGCCAUGUUGGUUAAAUUUGUAUAAGGCAAUAAACUGCCACUAAUUCUAUUUUUGUUUUGUAGGUGUGGGAUUAUGGUUUGUGUACUGAAGUUAGCAUGGCUGUGCUUUUCGUAAUAGAAUGCUAAAGACUUUGAGAAUGGAUCUUAGAUGUCUAUUAUAGGAGAAUUACGUGCUUUCAAUGUACAUGAAGGCAGCAGUUGUAGGAUUAACAUUCUUGUCUACUGUAUAUUAUCUUAGAAGGCUCUUGUUAAUACGUUAUACUUCAUAUUCUCCACAGUUAACUUUAGAGAGAAUUUAUGAGAAGUUAGUUUCUGAUGCAGAGGUUUAAAUUAGGCUGUGAUUUUAUCAAAAGUCCUUUUAGCAUUCUACCUCAAAGGGACACUGUUAGUAUGCCUAAAAUUUGCUCACCCAGUUGUUUUUUAUUUGAAAAAAAUACAUGACGUACAACCUUUUUUUCUUGGAUUUCUCAGAUUUUAAAGUACUAUGUUAAAGGAAAAAUUAAUGUCUAAAGCCUAACAUUCUUGCAGCACCCCUGUACUAACAUGAUAUUGGGAGAGGGUGGGGCAGGUAGUAGAAAAACAGAUUUAAGCCUCAAGCUUCCAAAGCAUUUUUAUAAAUGGAAAAUACUUAAAUUAUGAAAAACAGCUUGGUAUAGUGUCCUUUUUUUAAAAUUCAGAACUUUUUUUUAUUGAUAAUGAAGAUUGCUGUUUGAGUUUUAAAAGUUAAUCUAGAACAGAAGUAUUAAAAGUAAUGCUAUGCUGCAUUAUUUGAGAUUGUCAGCAAAUUAUUUGAUAGAUUGUUCUUAUGACUUGUAUUCUGAUUACAGAGAACGAUCAUGAGUGUGGAAUAAAUACUGGAUUAAAUCCUC